AUGCGGUCCGCUCUGCGAGUGAUGUACGGCGCCACGGCUAAGGCGUUCUGCCCACCGCCGCCGAUGCCCGCUCACUCACCUUACAAAUCACAUGACCCGCUGGCCACCUUUAGGCCCACGUACCUAGCCGGCACGCAGAGGAUUCUGGCUGCCGUAUCUCUAGCCACGGCCGAGGUGGGGAAGCCGUCGCCAUCGUCCGACUCCAAGGAUCCGAUGUGCGGUGGCCCGACAUCCGGGUGUGGCCAGCAGCAGCAGCAUGUGGUGGCCACGGCCACGCUGGAGGUUCGACGCCCAAUGUCAUCCGAUGAUGGCAGCGGCCGGCGUGAACUGGUCGCGUACAGACGGUACAGUGCGACCACCAGCGGUACCUGUCCUCACUUCCGUGCCCCCGUUCUACGCGCCCGUGGCCCGCCCGUAUAA